GAGGAAGAGUGGGACGGAUGUGGUAGUCCAUUGCAAAUUAGUAGAUGCUUCUUUGUAAGGCGUCUACAAGAGAUCUAGUCUCUAGAUUAACUUUGUCUGAACCAGCCCCUUCAAAUCUCUCUGCUGAAAUUAAGAGGACAAAUGGAUGACAACAGCUUCAGCAAGGAGUGCUCCUUUGACCGUAUUGAUACUAUAAUGAAGUCUCUCCAGCUCGUGAUCUCCAUACCUACCUUCAUUAUUGGUUUGAUUCUGAAUUUGUUAGCCCUCUGGGUGUUCUAUUCUUGGAAGAAACAGACAGAGUCAUCAAUCUACAUGAUAAACCUUGCUCUUGCGGAUCUGCUUCUUCUUUUCUCACUUCCUUUCAAGAUGUACUAUUCCAGAAGAGAGCAGCAGAGGCUCUUAUGCAAAUUUAUAGAGGCUCUCUACUUCGUCAAUAUGUAUGGGAGUAUUUUCAUCAUUGUCUGUAUUAGCUUGGACAGAUAUAUUGCUAUAAGGCACCCACUCAAAGCCAGAGCUUUCCGAUCCCCCAAACAGGCAAUCAUGGUAUGCUGUUGCAUUUGGGUUAUAGUUUGGCUUAGCAGCAUCCCUAUCUAUGACUUCCACAACAAUGACAAAGUCAAGUGCUUCCACAAUAUGUCAGAACAGGCAUGGGAUAUUCCCAUCAUCCUUUCUGUUGAAAUCUUUGGAUUUCUCAUCCCUUUGACUCUGAUGGUUUAUUGCUCUGUUCAGAUCAUCCAGACUCUUUGGAGGCGUAAAAACCAGGGGCAGCAGUGGGCUGAGCAAGCUGCCUCUAUAUGGAUCAUUUUAGCCAACCUCAUGGUGUUUGUUGUCUCCUUUACACCGUUCCAUCUUGGGAUCUUUCUGCAGUUCCUGGUAAGACAGCACAUCAUUGUGAACUGCACUGUGAAACAAAGCAUUAGUCUCUUCAUACAGGUGGCAAUGUGUUUAGCGAAUGUCAACUGCUGCCUGGAUGCCAUCUGUUACUACUUUGCCACAGAAGAAUUUCGCAAGAAAUCUAUUUCUGCCACUCCAACUAGUGCUUUGAUUGAACUGCGUAAACUAUAGCAGAAAUAUCAUGCCCAAGUGAAAGAAUCUAUGUUGUCUAAUGCUAAUUUAAAACAUUCAUUCAUUCCAAAUCCAGUCUCGCUGACAAACAGAAACUGUUUGUUAGGGAUAGGCCAAAAGUAAAACGCGUUAUUCAAAAGUCUUCUCCAACUUUGAAGGUUAUUGUGAACAUAAAUUAGGUAUCCAUUUUGAGUGUGCAAUUGUAUACUUGGCUUUUUUUUUAACCUUAAAAUCCAAUCAGAGUUUCAUUUAGGUCUCUCCCUCCUGCUUCAGACAGUUUUCAGAACAUGCAGUUGGACAUACUGUGGUUUGGGGUUUGUGAAUUUCUCAUUAUCGCAAUUUUUUGACAUCCACGUGAAAAAAACAGAAUAGUGCGCUCAGUGAAACAUCAUAUAAAAGGAAUUGUGGGUAAUCAAAAUGUAUUUAUAUGUAAGACAAAGAUAUACAGUACAAUACAAACAUGACAUUUGCUGCCUGCCUUUGCAUUGCUUAACUUUGAUAAGGGUAUCAUAGUGACAUGAUUCAUGCUGCUAUAGUAAAAGUACUUUCAGUGUUUCAGUUAUGAAAUCUGUUUUUCAUGUUCAUCAUAACACUUUGCUCUGCUUGAGUCUUCACAUAAAGUCCUGGAGUAAUUCUAUUUUUACAAAUGUUGUGGGGGAAAAAGAUUUCUCUAUAGAGGACACCAACGUCCUGCUCUGGAAAAAUAAUAUUUUAUAGGCAGUUUAUUUAUGCUAAUGUCUGUCUGUAUGUACUUGCAUAUAUUUACAACUGUACCAGAUACAUAUAUGUUUGAUUUAUAACUUGUGAGCCACAAAAUAAGGUCAAUA